CAUCUAGCAGCGCAUUUUUCUGUUCGUUUAAUUUUGUACUUUUCAAAAAGACGAGACUGAUAAAUAUUUAGUUUAAAUUUUAUUGUAUAUUAGUUUCAAACCCAUUCGAUUUUUAUUGACCAAGUACUCACUAAUUGUAACAUGCUGUAUUGUGAUAAUUGAAUAGCAAAGUGCCUUUUGUGUGUCUUUUUUGAUUCUACCUGGUAGUUUUCCGUUUCAUCAGUCAUAAAAUGGUACGCACAAAGUCGACCCGCCAUGGGAAUUCCAAACGCAAUCGCACCAGCUUUCAGGAAGAAAAAGUCAACGCUAAAUUAAGAGAUUACGAUGUUUUAGCCGACAGCCUGCUGGCCAACUUGGAAAGCGUAAUGACCGAUAAAAUCGAAGAGCUAACGCUGAUGUUCAAGACUGAAAAGAAUCGAGUGCCCAAACGGGUCCUGCAGAUGCGAAUGGGCGAUCUUCGACUGUUGGGAGUCAGUACUUUUGAUGAUCUGGAUAAAAUGAAUAAUGAACCAUGUGAUGGAAUGAGUUCGAUGGGCUCCAGCCAGCUGUCAUCGCAUAGCUUCGGUGCUGCAUCAAGAGGCGAGAAGAAGCAAUCACGAGCUGAUGAGGGAUAUCUUACAGAGGACAGUGCAUCUAGUAACAUGAACUCGGACCUGCAGUAUUCGACUAAAGCUCGCCCUUACGGCCCUCUUGCAUCGGCCAUGCAAAAUAGACGGCGCAGUAAAUCCGCUUCGUCCAACGGCACUCCGCUAAAACAACACUCGUCGCUGUUGUUCGGUAUAAAGUCGAAGAAAACGUUUGGUGGCAGCCAAUCGGUCUGUACGGAAAGCAACCGCCUAUCGCGAACCAAAUUUCGAACCCCUGGACAAUGUAGACCGCAAACCGUUAGUGCAGACCGUGGCUUGAGCAUGAUUACACCCAAAGUACAUCCCAACACACCAAUGGCCAUGCUGCGUCAUGCUCGCUUAGGAGAAUCUAUCUACUCCAUUACUGGCAGUCCGGUUAUCAGUGCAAUAAUGGUAGAAGAAACGGCAAAUGUUAAUAUUCCGAUUGUCAACGGCAUGCUAUCGAUUCGGCCGACCGCGAUGGAGUCUAUUGAUACGGGAUUGUUGCAGAGAAUAGAUUCGAAUACAUUGGAUCACCUGAAAAAGUUACAGUUGAACCUGAACAAGAUCAUGCAGAUUGCCGAAGGGAAUAAUUUUCAAAAAUAUUAGCUGUAAUUUUACGUGUAUUUCUUUUUUCUUAUGUUAGUAUUCUGCAUUUAUGUUAGGGUAACUGCACCAGUUUGGGAUAUUAUAAAUAUGAGAUGCAUUUUAUUUUGCCAUCUGCUGCCGAAAUAGAAGAUAGUCUAAAAUUAAAACAGUUCAACUAUUCGGUGUCACUAGACGCAAAUCAUUGUGAUGUUCUGAAUUUGCAUUUCUUGGAGAGAUACGCCAAUGAAUAUAAGCUUGC